CGCUAGUUCUUUGGAAAUUACAGCACAUCAUUAAAAGCGUAUAAAUAAAUAAUUGACAUAACCUAUAUGGUAACAUGAAAUCACAAUCAACCAAACGAACAACGAGUUCCCAUGUAAUAUGUCAGAAAUAACUGUAAAUGAAAGACCAGCACUCUUGACGGUGAUCCUUUAACAAUCGGUAACCAAGUACAGCCUGUUUGCAAACAUAAAUUUCACAGGUGACAGGAAAAAUAACACCACUAAUGGAAAAUAAUAAUAGAAAAACACCCAAGCCUCCUUUGCCCCCGCCCACCGGGAAAAAGGAGCGCAAAGCUAAUCCCGUGGAUUUGGAUGGCCAUAUCCUCAGCUGUGCCCUGUAUCACAUCAGUCUGGAGCUCGGUGAGAGGCAGAGGAGCCCCGCCGCUUCCCCACCGAGGGUGACACUGCGUGCGCUUGAUUCCAUCUGCGGCAUCAGAUGGCGGGUCUGGCUGCGGCGCUCUCAGCGCACGGUGCUCCGCGACUCUUCCCGGCUCCCGUUUAUUUGCAGCUCAUCUGAAUUCCGCUUACUACUUCCAACUACUUUCUUUAACCGAGUAGGAGAAUAAAGAGGAUCCGUGAGGAGGUAAUGAAUUCGGCAACUGAGAUGCGCAGCAGCAUCUCUCUUUCCAGAAACAUACUGUUCAGUUCUGCCGAUCACGGACUAUUAUUCUCUCCUGUUCAUCCUUCUGUGUGUCACACUGCUUCUUGUGAUAGCAGUAGGAAAUCACACAGCUAACGGGGGGACUUAGUGUUACUACUGCUCUUGGCUCCGCUGCUAUUUUUCCCUUUCACUUUUAAAGGUAACAGCUGGCAUCUUGCUGUCAUCUUUCCAUUGGGGGGAAAUAAUAAAAUCUAUUGUAUCCUGCGACCUAGACAACCUAUUCGGGAAGGGAGCAGCAAUCAAAGCCACUACAUAUUCGUAAACAAUAAUGCAAAUGCACCUUUGUCUCGUCAACAGACUGCGAUGGAAGAUUGACAUUGUUCAUUUCUAGAAGGGGCAAUGACAUGGACGUUUGGAGAGAGUUUAUGAAUCCUUGACAUCCUUUUUUUUAAACGAGGAUUACUUUUUUUUUAGGUAGACGUAAAUAUGGGUCUCUUUUUAGUAGAACGGGUCUUCUUUUUCGAGAGAUGUAAGCAAACAGAACGCAAACAAUCCCGUUUUUAAACCAGUUGACUUUUUUUUUGUUUCUAAGCCGUUGCACUGGGAUAAAGCCUGGACGAAGUAGGCAGUUGAAAAUUGCCCGUCUGUGAAAGAAGCCACUCGGAAAUUACCAGUAACAACUGGUACAAACAUUCCAUGUGUUUAUGAAUGUAAUAACUGGAUAUGAUUGUGCUGCCACCGCCUAACCAAUUAAGAAUUAUACACGAGGAGUAAGGUAUGCCGACAAGAAAGGCUCUAAUUGAUGAUUAGUGUGACGCCAAGUCGGUCCUAGUGCGCGUCGUUUGCACCCAGUGGUCACUCACGAACUCUGGGCUCCAGGUGUGUUUGGCGAAUCAGGCAUCAAACUGGAUUUUGGAGUUACAGUGAUCCACGUGGGACAGCAAGCCUCACUUGAGCUUUUCAUCAUGGGCUGUUGCAGUGGCCGGUGCACACUGGUCUUUAUAUGUAGUAUGCAACUGAUCUGCAUAUUGGAACGACAAAUAUUUGAUUUCCUUGGUUACCAGUGGGCUCCAAUCCUUACGAACUUUGUCCAUAUUAUUACAGUGAUUCUUGGCCUCUUUGGAACAGUUCAGUUCAGACCACGAUACGUGACAGGGUACGCAGCCUGGCUGGUUCUCUGGGUCACGUGGAACGUGUUUGUUAUCUGCUUCUACUUGGAGGUUGGAGACCUUUCAAAGGACACAGACCUCAUAAUGACAUUCAACAUCUCCAUGCAUCGGUCUUGGUGGAUGGAGAACGGCCCUGGCUGUAGGGUGACGGCAGUGACACCUCCUCCUCCCUGGGCACCUGAGGAUCAUCGGUAUAUCAGCAUCUCAGGAUGUGUGCUGGAAUAUCAGUAUGUAGAAGUGGCUCAGAGCUCUCUUCAGAUUAUUCUCGCACUUGCUGGUUUUAUUUAUGCAUGCUAUGUUGUGAAGAUAAUCACUGAAGAGGAAGACAGCUUUGAUUUUAUAGGAGGGUUUGAUUCUUAUGGUUAUCAGGGUCCACAGAAGACAUCACAUUUGCAACUACAGCCAAUGUAUAUGGAGAAAAAGCGAAAUGAACACAGCCCGUUACGAUAAGGUCAAUGUAACCAAGAAUACUGCCUUAUGAACAAAUCAAAGAAUAGCAACCUUCUGUUUUUUUUCUUUUUCAUAGAUGUCUUAAAAUGAUACAGUGUCUUAUGAACUGGUUUAAAGAAGAAAGCGAAAUUAGAGUCUGUGGGGGUUUUUUUACCUGAAAGACUAAAAUGCACUGGACUCUCCUCAACAAACACACUAGUAGCAAGUUACCGAAUUGGCUUGAGAAGUUGUGACAUAAGACACAAGAGCGCCCUCUUUUGGUGCAUUUCUAUGGAAGUAUUCAUCUCCCAGCUGAUAUUUGCUUCUUUACAACUGACAAGUAACCAGAAUAAAUAUACUUUUAACAGUAUUAACACUAAUCAACUUUUGCAAGAGAUCAGAUUUUCAACAAAGAAGAUUUUUACAUACUUGACUGGCACUGCAGCAUAGGCCAGGAUUUUACAGAAAAUAUUUGGUGUUUUUUACGGGUCCCAGAUACCAUAAAAGUUCUAUAUCUGCUUAAUGGCAAGAUCACAGGGUUGUGGCUCAUAAUCUAAAACACAUUAUAAGGAUCAUGACAGAACAGAAAGGAAUUUUGUAUUUCUAUUUCACCAAUUUUCGUACGAUAUUUUGAGAGUGGUAAGUAGGAGUGUCACAUUUCCUUUAGUGUCUAAUAAUUAGUGGAUAUGCAUUCUGCAAUGGAUUAUGUUAUAGAAGUUAAAGUGAAUAUUGAAACAAUCAAUAAUUCGAUAAAUU